AUGGCUCUGAUACAUAAUUAAAAUGACUUAUAAAAUAUGUUUAGUAAGGCAGGAAAAAUAACUUCUGAAAAAUAUAUUGUAUUUCAACAUAGAGAUGAUCAUCCUGUUAAAAAGUUUAAGACUCCCCAAUCAACCAAAUCUCCAGAAUCAAUUAAAAAGAAAGCACAUUCUCAAUAAGAAUCACUAAGCGAAGCAGAUCAAAACCAUUUAAAGCACCUUCUCAAACUAUCCUAACCCUUUUCGAAAUAGAUCUCCAGACAAAUUGGACAUUACACUUAAGUAGGGAACAAUAACAAAGCAUCAUGUGGAUAAUAUCAUAUCAAAUAUAGUGAACUAGACAAGUAACAUCAAUAUCCUAUACUUUUGACAGAGCAGUACAUUCAGUUCCAAAUUAUGAUAAAACAUUGAAACACACUCAUCCCAUCGAAGUUCCACAUAGAUAUCAAUAAGAUUGCCCUAUAGAGUAAGUUCCCCUAUUGCUAUUAUAGUCCUCCCAUCGUUGAGAAACCCAAAGUUAAAAAUGAAAGUUUUGUAGAUUUGCAGAGAUAAAUACCAAGGUUUACUCUUUUUCUUAUAAAUAGAGCUGACAUAUUUUCAGGAAGACCCAAUCCUCACCCAGAUCGAUUUCAGUUCUUAAAUGUAACCAACCAAUGGAGUAAAAUACCAAGAUAACCUCAAAUUAAGUUGGAAAAGCAAUUAUCCAGAGAUCAGAUGUUGAUUUACAAGAAGAAAGAGUUUGCACCUGAUUAUAAACCUAAUUUCGAGUUUGGCAAAAAGUAAAGGCUCCUAAUUGAUUUAGAAAGUUGGGCAGUUGUGGGGCACCUUUUUAUAAAUUAGAAUAAAGAAAGGACAUUUUGACUAAGAUACCUCCAUACACUUUUGAAAGCUAUUUCGAAUAUGAUGAAUACUCCAAAAAAUCAAAGAGCCAACUCUUCAAUUCACCAACAGCUCCUAAUUUUAACACUAUGUUAGAAAGAGAAUAUGAUCAACGUUCAUUGUUGCCUAGCUUCAUGCAAGUACUUCUAUCCGUUAAAUUUAGAAAUAUACGAAUACAAGGUUGGGAAUUACUCAUUUAAAUUAAAAAAUGUUGGAAGUUAACAAUUUUAGAGAUGGUAGAUUCCUAACAGUUACAUCAAGUUUUAUGCCUACAAAGUAAUAGUCAUCCAAAAAGAACUUAAACAAAUCAAGUCAAAAUUAAUCAGUUGAUGACAUCUGA